AAGGGAGAUUGGAAAUUUCCAAUCAACAACGGAUGUUCUUGAAUCUGAGAAAAAUACCUCAAGAACCUCAAGCAGGGCCAUCAAAAAGAAUCCCUUUGAGGGAGAUUGGAAAUUUCCAAUCAACAACGGAUGUUCUUGAAUCUGAGAAAAUUUACAAAGAAAGCAAGACUUAUAAAAAAUAUAUGCACAGUGUUUGCCAACUGCGGAAUCGAAUAAAGAACAUGAAACUCAAACUGCAAUUAAAUGCCCUCACAGAAAGCAACUCCUUAUGAAAACUUUCAGAGAAAAUCUCACCAACAUUCGCUCUUUUGCUCCAAGGGCAAUUAAGAAAUUAUAAUAAAAAAAUCACUGGAAGGAGAUGGACAAAGGAGGGAAAAAUUGUAGCCUUGAGGCUAUUUAAAAGGUCACCAACUUGUUACCGCUUGUUGAGGAGAUUAUUUUAUUUACCAUCUCCAGGCACCCUAAAGGCUUUGCUGAACAGAGUGCCUUUUGCUGUAGGUAUUACCCAGCCAGUACUGGAAGUACUCCAACAAUUUUAAAAAACACAGCAGCGAUCGGACAAUAAUUAUAUUCUUAUGUUCGAUGAAAUAUCAUUAAAGAAACAUUUUGAUUAUAACCCAAAGGAAGAUGUCAUUGAUGGAUACCAAGAUCAUGGGGCACAAGGAAGAUCCCCCAAUGUGGCAUCCUAUGCCCUAGUUUUUAUGGUUGCUGGCAUAAGGAAAACUGUAAAACAACCGAUCGCACAUUUCUUCUCAAGUGGCUUUUCAACAGCGGACAGGCUUGCAGUGCUUUUGAAAGAGAUCUUACAGCAAUGUUUUGCAUCAGGCAUUAAUAUAUAUGCCACUGUCUGUGACAUGGAUGGUGUAAAUAGACGAGCACUGUUCAGUCAAGACCACUUAGAACUUUUUUUCGGACUAAUAAGGCAACAUGGCGGGCGCAAUAAUAACCCUACCGAACAAUUCCGUGGCAUAUAG